GUAACGACUGUCACUCACAGAGGGCCACGAUAAUUGUGUCUAUUUAUUUGUUUGGUCGGUCAAAUCAUACAGCUGUAUAGACGCAAGUAAAUGAUUAUCAGGCAUUAUCAUAAUAAAAUCGUAAAUAAAGAUGUCACGUAAAGAAGCAUUGUCGCAGUUCAUCAAUCAAAUCCAUGGUCGUCCUGUAGUGGUCAAAUUGAACAGCGGUGUCGAUUACCGAGGUGUUUUGGCAUGUCUUGAUGGUUACAUGAACAUUGCAUUGGAUCAAACGGAAGAAUACGCAAAUGGUCAAUUGAAAAACAAAUACGGCGAUGCAUUCAUCCGGGGAAACAAUGUAUUGUAUAUUUCAACGCAGAAGAGACGAGUGUAAUGAAUGUAUUCGAAUCAAACCAAUUCAAUGAAACACUAACACCGACAACAACAAAAUAUCAAAACCAACAAAAAAAGCACAACGUUUUGUCGAGCAGUUCCCUGAUUACUUAACAUUACGGUUGAUUCAAAGACUUCAUUCCAUUUUGUAAAACUAGUUUUUUUUUUCUUUCUUUGAAUAAAAUACAUACAAAUUAAGCACA